ACAGAUAUUUCAGGAAGUGAGAAGACCACGGGCUGAUCCAUACUUGACGGAAUGGACACGAUACGGGGGCUGCUGGUCCCGGGGAUUCUCCCUGAGCGCUGCCAUGAUGAGUUCUUCCUCAACUACAACCUGCUUCACGUUGAAUGUCUGAAAAUUCUUCUCAGUAAGGUCUUGGGGAUUGGGAUCAUCGUUGGCUCCAUCCUAGUGAAAGUGCCGCAGAUUGUCAAGAUUGUGCGCUCGGGCACAGCGGAGGGGCUCAGCUUCAAGUCCAUUCUCCUGGAGUUACUGGCGCUGUCGGGCACCAUGGUGUACAGCUUCACCCACGGCUUCCCCUUCAGCGCUUGGGGUGAGGUUCUCUUCCUCAUGAUUCAGACGCUGAUUAUUGGAUUCCUCAUCCAGCAUCUCGGUGGACGCACAACGCUGGGUGUUCUCUUCCUUGCUGUCUACUUCUCUGUCAUCGCCGUCCUCCUGUCUCCUCUGAUAUCCAUGGCCGUCAUCACCGCGCUCCAGGCAGCCAACAUUCCAGCCGUGGUCUUCAGCAGGCUCAUACAAGCCAUGACGAACUAUAAGAAUGGUCACACCGGGCAGUUAUCAGCGGUGACGGUCGCACUCUUAUUCCUGGGCUCUUUGGCCCGAAUAUUCACUUCAGUUCAGGAGACUGGAGACCCCCUCUUGUCCCUCACUAGUGCUGUGGCCUCUGCAUGUAAUGGACUGAUAUUUGCUCAGGUUCUUUACUACUGGAACGUCAGCUCUGCAGUCGACAAGAAGAAGAAGAAGAGACAUUGAGGAGGGGCUUUCUCUGUGAACAUUGCCGUCCUCCCCAGGGCCACCAUGUGGCUCCUGGACUCGCCAGCUUCUCCAUAAUUCCAAUGAAAUUCUUGGUUUUGA